CGGCGGAGCCUGGGCGGAUGAGGUCACUCUUUGUGGCGGCUGCCGUUGGCAAGAUGGCGCCGGUGUUGGCAGAGAAGAAGCUGCUGGAGCCGGACGGGCCUUUGGCUGCAGACCUCCCCAGCGAGGAGGAGGAAGGCCAGAGCCUCUGGUUAUCAAUAUUGAGUGAAGUCUCCACCCGCUCAAGGUCUAAAUUACCAUCAGGCAAAAAUAUUCUUGUCUUUGGUGAUGAUGGCUCUGGUAAAACAACCCUGCUGACUAAAAUCCAAGGAGUAGAGCAUGGCAAGAAAGGAAGAGGGCUGGAAUAUCUAUACCUAAAUGUCCAUGAUGAAGAUAGAGAUGAUCAGACCCGCUGUAAUGUCUGGAUUCUUGAUGGCGAUUUGUAUCAUAAAGGUCUCUUGAAGUUUGCUGUGACAGCAGAAUCGUUGCAGGAGACUCUCGUAAUCUUUGUGGCAGAUAUGUCUAGGCCAUGGACUAUUCUGGAAUCCUUACAGAAAUGGGCAAGUGUCUUGCGGGAACAUAUUGAUAAACUGAAAAUUCCCCCGGAAGAAAUGAGAAACAUGGAACAACAAUUUGUGAAGAUUUUUCAAGAAUAUGUAGAACCGGAAGGAGGUUAUCAGGGAUCCCCACAAAGAAGAGGUCCAUCAGGGCAAGAUGAGGAGAAUAUUGUUCUCCCUCUCGGAGAGAAUGUGCUGACUCAUAAUCUUGGGAUUCCUGUGGUGGUAGUUUGCACAAAGUGUGACGCAAUGAGUGUGUUAGAAAAAGAGCACGACUACAGGGAAGAACACUUUGAUUUCAUUCAGUCGCACAUUCGUAGGUUCUGCUUGCAGUAUGGUGCAGCCUUGAUCUAUACAUCCGUUAAGGAGGAGAAGAACCUCGACUUGUUAUAUAAGUACAUUGUACAUAAAAAAUACGGCUUUCACUUUGCAACCCCUGCCUCAGUGGUAGAAAAGGACGCAGUUUUUAUACCUGCUGGCUGGGACAAUGAAAAGAAAAUUGCAAUCCUGCAUGAGAAUUUCACAACAGUGAAACCGGAAGAUGCAUACGAAGACUUCAUCGUAAAGCCACCUGUAAGAAAGUUAGUUCAUGAUAAAGAGUUUGCGGCAGAAGAUGAGCAACAAUUUCUGAUGAGGCAGCAGUUUUUCCUUGCCAAGCAGCCGGCAACCCCUACCAGAGCUUCUGAAUCUCCUGCCCGUGGCCCUUCUGGCUCACCCCGACCGCAAGGCAGGACAGGCCCUGCCGCCGUCCCCAGCGCCUCGCCAAUAGCAUCUGUCAAGAAGCCAGAUCCGGCUAUUAAAAACAAUGCUGCAAGCGAAGGAGUGCUAGCCAGUUUCUUCAACAGCCUCUUGAGUAAAAAGACAGGUUCUCCCGGGAGCCCUGGUGCAGGAGGAGGCGUGCAAAGCACCGGCAAAAAAUCAGGGCAAAAACCUGUUUUGACGAAUGUCCAAGAGGAGCUGGAUAGAAUGUCUCGCAAGCCAGACUCGGUAGUAACAACCAACUCCUCUCUGACAGAGAACGAAGCUUGAGAAUCCUUGAACCUCCAUAUGUAAAUGACCAAAUAGUGAUGUACAUUGACCUGAUAACACCAGGAGCUGAUGUGGCAGAUGCUAUCAGUUUUUUCUUGGGGAAAUGAAAUUUAACCUUCAUUGGCUUGUCCCGGUGUCAAGUGCACAUUCAGGAAGUUUUGCGUCUAAAUUUCCUCUGUUUUACGAUAACCAUUUUAGAGUUUAAAUAGGGCAUUUCUCUUAAUUUGGUUGCAAGCAAUAGGGAGAAGCGCACAGAAGCAAGAGGUGGAGUUCCUGCUGAAAAGCCACGAGCUGCUGCUGGCACGGAGGAAGCGCCAAGUCCUCUCUCUCUGUUUUUUUUUUUUCCAAGUUAACCGGAGUUGGCCAUGAAAAUGCGUACUUGUGUUUGUAGAGGGUGCAAUGUAGCAGAAUGUUGGUUGGAUGAUGAGUGUGUGCAAAAUGCAGUGUUUUGAACGGAUAAAGGCAAGACCUGAUCAAUAGAAGCGAAAAAGCACGUUGGAUGUAAAUCAGAUAAUCAUGUCGGGAAAAAUAAAAAUAAAAUAAAAAUGCCUUUGCAAUUGGGAAACAGAAAAUACGAGCAUCAUGGGAACUAUUCCAAUGGCAUUUUUUUUUCCAGUUCUAAUAAGAAGAUACAUAAAAUAUGGUGGGUGCUCUUUUUGUCAUAACUGACACGGGGAGAAACUUGUUCAGACCAAGUGCCUGGCACAGUGUGAGAUGUGUCUUCUCGAAGGUGCUUGAACCUCUUGUGCACUAUUGUACAAACAGUGUCUGUUUAAUUUUAUUAUUUUUUUUUAAUUUUAUUUUAACCCGGUAACUUUGAUAGCUGGGUUGAGAUUUUGCAUCCUUUUUUUUUUUUCUCCCCCUGAUAACUUUUUCUUUUUCUUUUCUUUUUUCAAUACCAACCAUCUGGCCUGUUAAAGAGGAAUGAGGGACAUGUCAUUUCUCUGUAAUGAAAUGGAAACGCAAAUCUUUCUUUUGUAUCCAAGAGUUAAUUGCAAAGGUCAACACUGAUUUUCUGCCUUAAGGCUUUAAAAACCCCUAUGGUGAGUUUGGGGUAGCCUCCAGAAUUCUUGUUCCGGAUUGGAUUUUAACAAAGGGUUGUAGGUAUACGCAGAAGAAAAAAAAAUGCAGACUUACGUGACUUCAUUACAUUUGUGCUUUACCCCUUCGGUGUUGCCUUUUCAAUGUGGAAAUGAUUUUGACGGUUGGCCCGUUGCUGCUCAGAUGAGUUCCCUUAGCCACUUGGAGUAAGACUCCCACAGUUAACCGAAAUGGCACUUUUGAGUUUCUGUACAAUUUAUUUGACAGAGAAACAAUAACUUAUUUGUACCAAACUUGUUUGUAAGCAACACAUUGGAGGGAUAUACCACCAUGGAUUAUGCAGAGUUUACUUUGUAUUGAUAAAAAGGUUUUUGUGUUACGUUAAAAUCUUGUUUCCGAAUAGAACCACCCUAAUAUUUAUAUACCUAUAUCUAUAUAUAUUGUUAUAUAUAUGAAAUAAAUUGACCACUAACACAUUACUGGAUGUAAUUGCAACCCACGUGUUGUUAGAGAGAGAGGCCAUUUCUCUUCGUUUUUGUAAGUCUGUCUAAUGCUAGCUAGAAAACUAAGAGUAUUUACUUGCAUUAACAAAAAGUAUGUUUACUUAUGUCAGUUACAUUUUUUUUUAAAAAAAAAUACAUGUUCAACUACAUUAUAAAACUCAGUUUUGCCCAACAUUACCUGGCUCUUAAACUGAGAAGUUGUGAUCAGGGAAUUUGCUGUGUUUUGGCUGCCAUUACAAGCCAGCGUAGGCUUUGUUAUAUCAGGGAUCUCCAACCUUGGCAACUUUAAGACUUGUGGAUUUCAACUCCUAGAGUUCCUCAGCCAGCAAAUUAAAACUGGCUGAGGAACUCUGGGAGUUGAAGUCCACAAGUCUUAAAGUUGCCAAGGUUGGAGACCCCUGUGCUAUAUUGUAAAAUUAGCCUCAUGCCAUCCCAAUAGUCGUAACUCUAACUGUCCUCAUGGCAGCGCCUUUUAAGUAACCUAUAUACCCUAUUCAGUAACUACAGUUUGGUGCCAUUUAUACACGUAGAACCAGUGAGUGUUUUGAGAUGAUUGAAUUUAUGCUUGGAUCUAAACAGAUGGGAGUGCAACAGCUAUGGGGUUGUUUUUGAUGGGUUGGCCGUUCCGAAGGAUGAUUAUGGCAGCCGGAUGAUUUCAUGGAAUUCUGGAGAAUAAAACCUUAAAAUCAAACUGGGUUUGGGGAAAACAUAACAAAUUAUUUGCUGCUGUUCUAAGAGAGCGCUAGUUAGGUCUCGAGGCCCAACUGGUCUUAUUAAACAUUUUGUCAUGCACCAAGAUAAUUUACUUUUUUUUUUUUUUUUUGAAAGCUGUAGACAACAGGAUUUUUUAAAAAAUUUGCAUAAAAUGAACCUUGGAUUUGCAAAACAAAAAAGGGUCAAUAGCAUAUGACUUUCCAGUUCUACAAAAGAUCAUUGGGACUCAAACAGAAUUUGGAAUGUCCCCCCACCCUCCUAUUCUUCCACUUUGCAAGUGAAUGCUCCUAGUUUUUUCAAAAGAAGGAAACUGUAAGUGAUGUGAUGUUUGUCAGUUGCCAAAGUCUAGCAACUUUGGAAAGCUGCACCAUUGUCUUUUCUGGUGUUCUCAAGCAUUAGAACUAAAGGCCAAAUGCAAAACAGCCUUUAUGUUUAAAACUACCAUUAAGAUUUUUUUCAGGAUUCACUUUUAUGGAAGACUGUUAGAAUUACUACCUGGCUCUAUUUAUAUUGCAUAUAAUAAUUGCAUCUGCUGUUCACGUUUAAAGUAAAGUAAUAAUAUAUUGGACUUGAAGAUAAGGCAAAUAUAAAUCAGUUAAGGAUUGGCCCGCCAUCCAAAAUUCUUGUUUUAUGCUGCUUGAUUUUUAAGUUUGCACUUCUAUUGGCAUUUUAAAACUCGUUUAAACAGAACUUGUACGUACGUAUUUAAUUUAACACAUUGAAAGUGACUGAACUUAACCAUACCCAUGCUGUAAAUGAAAGUUCUCUCUCCUGUAUUCAGUUUAUCGAUGUUUUUAACUUUUCAAUGGAGACUGCAGAUGUAUCCAGCACAACCCUUAGUCCAGUUGUAUGGCUUUAACCAGGUGCAGUCCUGUGGAACCUUGCUUUCUAGUGCUGGCGAAAAUGAGGACAUGUCUUUAACGGCUUCAAAUAAACACCAACCAAGACGA